ACCUCCUAGAUACACCAUAUCCACCCGGCUAAAGUUGCAGAACCCAAUAGGUCAAGAAAAACACAAAUUAUAUAAAUCUACCCAUCUCAACAGAAGAACUCCUCUCAUUCCGCACACACCCCCCAAGAAAAUAUAUAUGUUCUCUCACAUAAGAAAAGACUAAAGAGGAGGAGAAGAAAAGUUAAACUACAAGAAAGAGAAGAAGAAGAAGGUAUUGAGGAAUCCAAAAUUUGGCAGUGUUCUCUGUGAGUAAUGGAGCUCUUCCCAUCACAGCCAGAUCUAUCACUCCACAUCAGCCCACCAAAUAGCAAUCCCACACCAAGUUGGAGUAAGGCAGAUGAGAACAUGGACUUAGGGUUUUGGCAAAGAGCCAUAGACUCUACCACCACCAACCACCACAGCAUCACCACCCUAUCUAUGGCAAAGGCUGAGAAAACUGCCUUCGAGCUCUCCUUAGCCCAUCCAAGUGUCACAGACUCCACCACCAUGAGUAACAAUCUCCUCCAACUUCCCCCCCCCCACCACCACCCAUUAGUCCAUGAAGGCUACCACCAAGUUCUUGGCUUGACGAGGCCUAUAAGGGGAAUUCCAGUAUACCAACACCAACCUAAUUCCUUCCCUUUAGUCCCACGGCUUCAGCAGCAACACUUGUGUGACUCCUCCUCCACUACUAGUUUCGCUCCCUUUGUGCUGCAAGGCGCAUCGCGAUCAAGAUACCUGCCAUCGAGGUUCCCUUUGAAGCGGAGCAUGAGAGCACCGAGAAUGCGGUGGACAACCACACUCCACGCCCGGUUCAUCCAUGCCGUCGAGCUGUUGGGAGGACAUGAGAGGGCCACACCCAAGUCAGUUCUUGAGCUCAUGGAUGUCAAAGAUCUCACCUUGGCUCAUGUGAAAUCUCACUUGCAGAUGUAUCGGACCAUGAAGAACACUGAUAAACCAGCAGUUUCUCCAGGCCAAUCUGAUGGGUUUGAGAAUGGAUCAACUGGAGAAAGUUCUAUUGACAAUUUGCUUAUCUGCAACAUACGCAGAGCAGAACCAUCAGUACAGCAUGGAAGGCCUUCUACACACCAUGGCACCAAUUACAGUGGUCAAUGGAUCAAUUCUUCCAGCAGGGGAGGCUGGUCUAGUGGUAUGCCAAGCGAUUCAACCACAGGGAGCAUACAUUCCUUCAAGAAGGACAUGCAAUCAAAAAGCAUCGAAAUGUUAUCAGAUGUGAACUCAUCGUGUCUCUCGGAGACAACUAGCCUAAGAGAGCCCAGUCUCGAGUUUACCUUGGGAAGACCACAAUGAUUUAAAGUGCUUGCUCACAACAAGAAUUUAUCAUCUGCCACGAGCAUCCUGUGCCAACUUAAGCAUCACCAAAAGGAGGGAAAGAGAGAAAGACAAGGAGAUUAUUGAGGCAAAAGGCAAGCAGAAGGAAAGAAAGGGUAUGUGUUCAAGUGUGUGCAAGCAUGUCUUCCAUGCCAUCGGUGAGAAAGCCUACGCCUGUGCUCUACAAAGAUAUGGAGUUCAAUUCAUUCAAAAUUCUAUAGAGAGAGAAGGUAGUCUUCUCUUUUUACAGUCAUUAAAGCACAAAAGGCCAGGAUUUUCUUUUCAUUCUCAUGCACGUGCACGUGCUUUGCUUUAUGGUUUUCCAACAAGGGGAAGACAAUGAAGAGACUAAGCACCUACAUAGAUCACAAGGAUGGUUAUGUCUUAUAACAUGAACGAAAUCAUAUUCAGUUCAGCAUUGCAAUUUCACUUGGGAUGAUUCUUAGCAGCCGCAUACCUUAAAAUGAGAGAUAUGAAGUGAUUAUAGUCAUGGUCUCAUUAGGUAAUGUCGCCAAUAUUCAUGCGCAAAUGGCUACAAUAUAAUUUGUCAUCAAUGAUCAAGUCAUGCUUUCUCAGGAUUCAUGGUAUCUUUGAAAUCAAUAAUCCACACUACUCAUCAUCAUAUAUGCCUCUUAGAAGCCACAAAAUUUAACUGCUGAGUUCUUUAUCAUGCCUCCUUACAAUGCAUCUUCAUUUUAGAAGGGAAAAAAGGAAAAAAGUUCUAUUAUACCGUAUAAUGCAUUGGCAAGAAACAUGCAAGACAGUUGUUUUCUAGUUAAUUUGUCGGUAAUUUUACAUGGUAUAGAUCUUGCUUGAUGUGUUGGAAAAUCAAUCCAAGGCUGGUGCCGCAUUUCUCUUGUCAAUGCAUAGCUUUUGUUGUUGAAGUGAUGCCCUAUGUGAGUGCAUGAACUAAUUAAUGGAUGUCAUAUCUGUGAACCAUUCUC